CGGAACAGUUCUUGAGUCAUCGAUAGUCAUUCAUCUAGAAAUUAUGAAGCUGGAAGUCUGUGUUCUAUGGAAACGUAUUUAAUUUUAAUUUUAUAUCAUCUUUAACAAUGGCAGGAUCCAUGCUUUGUAGAUUAAACAACAUUAAUGGUUUGGUAUUGAACAGAUUUUCCGCACCUACAGUUGCAGCCUUUUCAACCAGCCAUAAUGUAUUUGGGAAAUACAAGAUUCCAAAAGAAAAGAGAGAACUUAUCAAUCAUUCAAGAGUUAGAGGGAUUGAAAUAUUAAGGAACCCAAAACUUAAUAAGGGUCAUGCUUUUACGUUGAAAGAGAGGCAGUUAAUGGGAAUACAUGGUUUACUCCCUGCUGCCGUGGUUACGCAAGAUCAACAGAUGAAAAGGGUGCUGAAAAAUUUUGAAGAGAGACCCACAGAUGUUGAUAAGUACACCUAUUUGAUGUCACUGUCCGACAGAAACGAGAAAUUGUUCUAUAGAUGUCUGACCCAAUAUACAGAGAAAAUGAUGCCAAUUGUUUACACACCAACUGUCGGCAAAGCUUGUCAGCAGUAUGGUGUAUUAUAUAGGAAACCCAGGGGACUUUUCUUGUCUAUACAUGAUGCUGGACAUCUUUAUGACAUGAUCUGUAACUGGCCAGAAGAGAACGUGGAGGCUGUAGUUGCAACAGAUGGAGAAAGGAUUUUAGGUCUAGGAGAUUUGGGAGCCUAUGGAAUGGGAAUACCUGUAGGAAAACUAGCUCUGUACACAGCCUUAGGAGGUAUCCCACCAGAACACACACUACCAGUCAUGCUGGAUGUAGGAACCAACAAUAAGAAACUUCAAGAGGAUCCCUUAUAUAUAGGUAACAGAAAUCCCAGAGUAACAGGAAAACAGUAUGAUGACUUUAUUGAUGAAUUUAUGCAAGCUCUCAUUAAAAGAUAUGGUAUCGACACAUUGAUUCAGUUUGAGGAUUUUGCCAACAACAAUGCAUUUAGAUUUUUGGAGAAAUAUAGAGACACCUAUUGUAUGUUCAAUGACGACAUUCAAGGAACAGCGUCAGUAGCUGCGGCUGGUAUUAUUGCCUCUAUGAGGAUCACAGGCAAAAGAUUAUCUGAAAACACUUACUUGUUCCAAGGAGCUGGAGAGGCCAAUAUAGGCAUAGCUCAUCUUAUUUCUUUAGCAAUGGAAGAUGAGGGUGUCUCCCAUGAAGAGGCCAUUAGCAGAAUAUGGAUGGUAGAUUCGAGAGGACUACUUGUUAAGGAUAGACCAGCUGGGGGGAUCACAGGACAUAAAGAACUUUUCUGUAAAGAACACAAACCCAUCGAUACAUUAGGAGAGGUUGUCAAGGAGAUUAAACCAUCAGCUAUCAUUGGUGCUGCAGCAGUUCCACAUGCAUUUACUGAAGAAAUUGUACGAGAUAUGGCCAAGUUUAAUGAGCGACCAAUCAUCUUUGCUCUCAGUAAUCCAACAAGUAUGGCUGAAUGUACUGCUGAAGAAGCUUAUCAAUGGACAGAUGGAAGGUGUGUAUUUGCAAGUGGUAGUCCUUUCGAUCCAGUCACAAUAAAUGGCAAAACAUUGAUACCUGGACAAGGAAACAAUGCUUACAUCUUUCCUGGUGUAGCACUGGCUGUGAUCAGCUGUAAAAUUAAACAUAUUGACGAGCCUAUGUUUUUGAAAGCCUCACAGACAUUAUCUGGAUUAGUUACUCAACAGAAUUUAGAUGAAGGCAGAGUAUACCCACCACUUAGUGAUAUACGAGAAGUAUCCGUCAGAAUAGCUACGUCUUUGGCUGAAUAUGCCUACAGCACAGGAGCAGCAGCAGCUUACCCUGAACCAGAAAAUAAAGAAGAAUUCAUUAGAAACUAUCUUUAUCACACUGAAUAUGAAUCUUUUAUUCCUGAAACUUGGACCUGGCCUGAAAGUUGUCCUCAACGCAAGUAAUGAUACAGGAGUUACUGAGGUGCACAAAAAUGGUAAAAGUAUGGUUAGAGGCAAGAUCAGAUAGUGAUGAAUAUUGUAAUAUUUUCAAGUGUAAUAAAUGCAAAAUUCUGUGAUUUAUUUUGAAACAACAAACUUAAAAUAUUAAAUAUUUUGUAAUUUAAUAUACUUGAUAUACUUCAAAAGAGAUUAAAACAUCAUUUUUGUACAAGUGUUAAUCAUUUAGAUUAGUGUAUUUUAAAUAGCGAAGUGACUUUUAGUUUUUGGUGAUGUAUUUAUUUAUUUAUUAUUUAUUUGUUUUUAUAUCAGAAUGUUCAUGUUUAUCAUGGCAAGAUUGUGUCUCAAUAAUACUGUAUCAGUACCUUUGUAUUGGAGCAUUUAUUUCAAUGAUAAGGUAUUACUGAUAAAUCUGUUUUAAUUUUCAUGAAAGUUCAAAUAUAUCAACAUAUUACAUAACUACUUUUGUAUAAAAUUAUACAAGAUAAAAAUUUAAAUUUCAUAAACUUUUUUUUAAAUUGAUUUACAUCAAAAGAACAGAGUCAUUAAUCAAUCAUCAAAAAUGUUGUCUUUUAGAUAGAGAUAUUGUCCAAAAUUGUUGUAUAUUACACAUUAAAGGUUAAAUAUUGGCUAGAUUUUGUCCUUGUCUCCUAAACUGAUUUUUUUUUCAAUUAUCACUGGUGUUGUUUUAAAGGGGCACAUUUUGAUUAAAGUUAAUAUGGCUGGAUAAAAUUCAUGUAAUUAUGUCCAUUUAUUUCAUUUUAAUUUUUUGGUAUUCAAGUGUAUAUAUUUUCACCAAAAUACACCGACCACCAAAAACAUCAAAAUUAAUACACAGUGAUAAUUUACAUGUUAUACCUUACUGAAACGAUGUGCAUAAUAAAGUGGUUAGUGCUAUUUGUUUUUUAAGGAAAUUGACUUGAUACAAAUUAAAUAUGUUCUUCAGUUCAUUAGUAUCUGAAUUUGCCAGAUCUGAAAUAAGUUUAUAAUACUAAUAAUCAAGUUUAUUCUUAUAUACCAUGUAUACUUUAAAUUCGGAAAUUAUGUAUGAAAUAUUUUGGUUGAGAUUCAAAUUGCAAGACCAUUUUUAUUUCAGAAAAAGGAAUUCUGGUUUAGCUAUUUAAAAGAAGAGAUGUUUUUGAUUUUGUGUGAAACAAAUCACUUUGAACUUUUUACAAUAACAGCGCAAAUAAUUUCUGAAUUGACAAAUAAUAAUGUCUGAAACAAAUAUUGGAGACUUUUGUUCAAACUCUAUUUCUUCUUAUUCUUGUUCUUAAUUUUCUGCUUGCUUUAUGUCUACUACUAGCAAUGCUGGUUUCUGCAAGAAUUGUUCUGUUUUUUGGGCAUAUUGAUAUAGAAUGAACAUUGUGUGGUUUAUAUUUUGUAAGCUAAAGUUUUGUGGAUCUAAUUCAAUUCACAAAUAUGAAGCUAAAAUGCAACAAGAUAGACCAGUUAAAACUCAGACCAAUUAAGAACAAUCUUGCUCUUUUACUUUCAUUAAUUUAUAGUUCCUAGUUUCAUUUUAUAUUUAUAUUUAAUAAGUUAUUGAGAAGUGCCAUUUCUUUUAGCCAGUUGAAUUUUAUUAAUAUAGUUAAUUUUUUGGAAAAGUACAUGUCACAAAUGAAGAUCUGAUGUAUCCGUCCUUAAAUUGCAGAUAACAUAUUGCCAUAUAACAAAUUUUCAUGGUGCUUAACACAACCUUUACAAAUAUUUUUUAAGAAUUCUACUUGUCUUAAAAUCAUGGAAAUGAUUUAAUUUGAAAAAGAAUUAUUAUUGCUUGAAAUUUAAUUGUAUUCUAAUUCACAAUUUUGAGUAAAUUUAUCUACCAAUUUUUGUAUGGGUAAAUAUCUAUCACAUGUAUUUAUUUUAAAACCUGAUUUUGAUAACAAAAUUCUUUUUCACAUUAACUGCCCAUAGUAUAUUGUGUUCAAUGUUUGUAUUAAAUUGUUGUAUUUUAUAGAUGUUGUACAAAUUUAGAUUUGGUAAAUGCAUUUGUCCUGUCAUGAAAAUGCUUCAUACAGAAAUUAAUCUGAAGGUAAAUUUGAAAAAUAUUAGUUUGAAUAUUGGAUAUAUCAAAGAUUUUUCUUAAUCGUAAUUGCAAAUGUACAAAUAUUUCAGGUGUCACAUUUUUGUUGCAAGUAAAAUAAAAGAGCCCAAAGUAUAUUCUAGGGUUUUAAUUGUUGAGAAGUGUCAUUGGAAAAAGUUUAGAUUGUUAUUCACAUUACCGGUUGGAUAUAUAUUUUCAAUUUACCGAAUCAUAAAUCAGUUUUCGUCAAAAAGGCAUCUUGAAACAUAUACACGUAUAAAUAGAUACACAAGUUUAGAAUUAUGACACAAUGCUGUUGCAAUACAAAACAAUAAUGUGAAUUUGAGUAAAAAUCAUGUCUCUCUGUAACGUACUGAUAGCAAAAUAAUUUUUUGGGAAGGGACAUUCCUAUUCAUGUAAAACUAGCUUUAUCUUUUACUUAAUUGAGCCAUUUGAACUUAACAUGACUUAUAUUUUUUGUAUUUUUUCUUUGAUAUUAUUUAGUGCUAGUCUGUGACUGUUUACUUUUUUCAUUUUUUUUUUACUAAGUUUUGUAAGUGUCAGAUGAACUACGUGUUAUAUGGCCCGAGAACACAGUUAUUUCGUAGUGCAUUUCUUUUAGACAAUAAAUUCAAAUUAAAAAAAUCGCACCUGCUCUUUCUCAAAAAUAUUUUUACAGUGUAGUGUACUACCAGUGAGACAAAUAAUAUCAAAAUUAUAGAAACUUCUACCAGCUCUAACUCAAAAUAUUGACAAUUCUGUGUUAAGGGGGUGUAAAAUUCAGUUUGACAGCUUCAGACGUGAUAAAAUUUGACCUUUUAGAACUGGACCAAAUCACUACUCAACAUAAAGUUUCAGCACCCAAUUUUUUUUGACAUGUAAUUACAUCCCCCUACUUAAUAUUUCAUGCAUUUAAUAUAAAGAAAUAAAUUGGGAAAGUGUAUUAAAUAAAACAUGCAAGUUAUACACUGUUUACACUAGGGACUAUAUUCGUAGACAACUAAAACCAAAGGACGAAAACUGUGUCCUUGGACCAUAUGUCUUUAAUUUUAUUGAGCCAUUUGAACUUGAAAUAACUUCCAAACAGCAUAUUAAUGGCAAUUCUUGCUUAAUUCUCUCUGCACGUUUGUUAAGUACUUGUAUCUGACUGUUUGCAUUUUUAUUGUUAUUAUUUAUUAUUUAACAAAAUUUAGUGCUGACUGAACUAUAUGUUUUUAUCUUCAAUUAAAAGUAAAUACAUGUGUUUAUACAACUUGUAUUUCAUUUUGCUAGUGCUAUGUAUAAAAAAAUUAAAAGAGGUUGUAGUUUAUAUUUUUAUUCAGGCCAUGUUCAAUCAUAAUUGUGAUAACCUCUCUACUCAAAUUCCAUAUAAGUAUAGUUUUUCACCUAUCAAGCUUUGUUCUAUUAAUGUAAGAAAUAUAUUUUAAAGCAUGUGCUAUAAGUAUUCUGAAAAGAUUACAGCCAUAUAUCCAGAUAUAUAUAAUUUCUACCUAUUUGCCACAUGUGCAAUCUUUCAAUAGGUCCUUAAUUGCUAUCUGCCAUAUUCUUGUCUCGUUUAAUGUAUUAUAUAAAUUGAAAGGUUUAACUUG